AUGGUUGUGUUGGAGAGUGCGUGGCUUGUGUGGAUAGAGCAUCCCUUGUAUGAAGCAGUUGACACAGAUGACAGUGGCAUUGAAAACACUGCUGUAACAUUUGUCUUCCUGUUUCUCAUCACCUUAUUCUACAGCAUAGUAAAGCGCAUCAGUGUGCCCACAAUUGCUCUGCUAAGUAGAGAGGAUGGUGACAAGAUCCUGUUGGUGUGCAAAUUAAAGGGCUACUAUCCUGACAAACUUAUUGUACGAUGGUUUAGGGAUAAGGAGCUGGUCGAACCUACUUUGUCUAAUGAAAAGUUUCAGAGCACUGAAAAAGAAGCGAGAACCUUCACACUCAUAAGUCAACUAACUAUUGAAGCUCAGUGUCAAAUCACACAGUACACCUGUGAAGCCACCUUCAACUCUGAGAAAAUCCUCAACCAAACAUAUAAUGUGUGCAAAGCAAUGUGUCUUUCAAAUUAUUUGAUGCAUGUAAAGAAGCCCCAUCUCAGAGACAUUAUGAAGGAGACGGAAGUUAUGGCUUCUUGUGUCGUUGAAGCACCAUACAACAUCGAAGUCUCAUGGUUAAAAAAUGAAAAAAUAUUACAGGCCACCAGUGAAAACAAACACGAUCUACCCCAUUCAAGAACAAAGCAAAUUGUGAGCAACCUGACUAUAUUUAGAGAUGAUUGGUUGCAACUUAAGACUCUUGUUUGUAAAGCUAAUCAUCCAUGUUUCCAAAAAGAGGAGUCUGUAUUUGAAGUCGAUGAUAUAAAGAAAGAUCCUGUUGUGGUAAUCAGGAGGCCUUUCCCAGAAUCAACAAAGGCAGACAAUGCUGUGCUGGAGUGUGUUGUAAGAGAUCUCCCUUUAGGUGAGGCCUGCAUCACCUUCCAGGCCAAUAAUGCUGAUAUCUCAGAAAACUAUUGUGUGGAUUUGACCCCUUCUGAAAGCAUGCAGUCCCUAGCCACACUCUUCACAAUACCUACUAAACACCACAAGAAAAAAACCACCUUUACCUGUAGAGUUCACACAAGUUACUUCAGAAAAUGGGAAUCAAAACCUACUGGAAACAUUUUUGAUGAUCCUACUAUAGAGCUCUCAGUUGUUCCCAGUGUGGAACAAUCUACUUCACAAACUCAGAAACUAGUGUGUGCUGGGACAGGAUUCGACCCAAAGAUCACAUGGCUUAUAAAAUCUGAUGAGAAAACUGGCACAACCGAACAUGUCACAAUAAAGGAAGAUGGACGCGUACAAGUAUACAGUGAGAUUUUGGUGUCACAGCAAGAUUGGAAUAAAGCGGUAACUUACACCUGUAAAAUUGCUGAUCAGCACAUUGGGAAAACUGCUAAGAAGAGCACCAGUAUUUGUGCAGUGACUGCACAUUCCAAUCAACUGGCAUAUGUCUACUUACUGGGUCCCUCCCUCAGUGAAGUGACAUCUGGGAUAGAUGUCUCUUUGACCUGUUUGGUUGUUGGACAAGGUGUCAGGGAUUUCUCCAUCCAAUGGAAAAUGGAUGGAAAGGAUUCCAAUUUGGGUAAAUUAUACAAACAAGAUACUAUAGAGCAUGCCAAUGGGACUCAAAGCAUUAAAAGUGUUUGGAAGGCUCCAGUCAGAACAUGGGAUGCAUACACUCUUUUUACAUGUGAAGUUAAACAACUGUGCUCUGGCAAACCACAGCAGCAGAACAUCUCAAAAACCAGAGACCCCAAACAACCCACUGUCAGAAUCCUGAGACCCCCCGACAGUGAACUCUAUGGAUCCCAAGAUGCUAGUCUUCUUUGCUUCAUCACUGGUUUCUACCCAUCUGAUAUCUCUGUGCAAUGGCAGAUAAAUGGGACCAAACUGGAUGUGUCUCGCUUCACUAAUAGUCCUGUGGUUGCUCACACUGCAAGACAUUAUUCAAUGCACAGUGCCCUAAUACUGCCUAAAUCACAGUGGAAGGAGGGCAUAUAUUCCUGUGUUGUUUCACAUGAGUCAACCAAAGAUUCAAUUAUCGACACUUUGGAGAACUUGUAUGCUUCGUUGAUCCCCUCUGCUCCGUCUGCAGAGCUGCUGCAGGGCUCCAGUAAGCUGGUGUGUCUGGCAUUUGGUUUCAGCCCAUUUGACAUAAAAAUCACAUGGCUACUGGGCAUGACUGAGCUAUCUGGCCAUAAUGUCACCAGCCCUGCAAAAGGCCCUGAUGGUAAAUUUAGCAUCCAAAGUCACCUCCAUCUCCUACCUUCAGACUGGGCACCUGGAGAGGUGUAUUCAUGCAGGGUCACUCAUAUUACUGGUACCAAGUUGCUUAACAUCUCAAAUUCAGAAAUAUUCGAGGAGGCUAUAUUUUUUAAUGAGAACAAACCCGAUGCUAUUGCACAGGAAAGUGUUGAAGAGUCCUGGAAUAUGGCCUGUGCCUUCUUCGUCUUCUUCAUCCUCUCCCUCAUCUAUGGGUGCACAGUCACUUUGGUCAAAGUGAAGCCUGCAUGAGCAUGAAUGACCUUUUUUCACUUUUUUUUUUUUUUUUUGCUGUUUUUUUUAAUUAUUUUUUAGGUUGUUUAAAGUUGUUAUGCAGGCUUUUGAUUCAUGUUGUCAGAAUGCAUGAACAUAGGUUGUUGGACAUUAUCAAUCUCUGUGUGGCUUUGUUUAAAAUGUUAUAAUGGUAAAAAUCUUUGUUUUAAAUAAAAUUGCAACAUAUUAUAAUAAACUGAGUGCAACUGGUAGCUCAACUGGUAGAACAUGGCACUAGCAAUGGCAAGAUCAUGGGUUUGAUUCCCAGUGAACACAAACUGAUAAAAUGUAUUCCUAGAAUGUACUGUAAGCCACUUUAGAUGAAGCAUCUGCCAAAUGCAUAAAUGUAAAUGUGCAAAGUUCAAGUUUGGGAUAUAAGCACUUUCUAAAGGUUUUGUAAGAGUUUAAUGUGUAAGACUGUUUUAACAAAUAGAUGCAUACGGUGUGAAUAUUUUCUUCUUCAGACUCUUUUAGAGUCAUAAAAACGUUAUAUUUGUCUAUAUACACACAUGAGCUAACAUGAAACUGCUUUCAGUUCAGUCAGUGCACACUUGCUUACUGCUGUAAAGAACGUCAUAUUCCCUCCAGCACAGCAGAUGGAGGUAGGUCUCCAUGAAAUUAACUACAAACGUAAUAGAAGAACAGUAUUCGUU